AUUAUUGGAGAACACAGCAAAAUCCAAAAGUACAAAGGUAACCGGAAAAACCACCGGCGCCGUCGCUACGAUCGCCGGAUUCUCUGCCUAAAUUUAGUAAACGUGGGAGUAAAAGCAUUUUCAUCUCUCUCUUCAACUCCGUUUCUUUCUCUCUCUAAAAAAGUAUCAUUUCUCUUUCUUCAUUUCCGCAUAUUCUGUCUGCAAAAGAAUUAUCAGAUUUUCUGCAAUCAAUUCUCAAAAGCCUCAAAAAAGUUAUAGAGAGAGAAAGAGAGAGAGAGAGAAAGGGGAAAAACAAACGUUGCAGCCCAUUACUGCUAUUAUUCCCUUCCUUUUUCUCCCUCUCUCUCUUUUUUUUUUUUAUAUUUGCCAGCUCGGUUUCUCUUUUCUGUUGUACCCUUUUGUUUUCUCUAUCUCAAAACGUUCAAGGAGAGACCUCCCGAGUUGGUGUUUAGGAUAUCGGAAUAGCUGAAGUUGGCAGCUUCAACAAUCUAGGUUCUUUUUCUUCCUUGAAAGAGAUAGCAGGGAAGAUUUUGCAUCAUGUCUAGCUCUGUUAAAGCCUUAGAACCUGCAUUUCAGGGUGCGGGUCAGAGAAUAGGGUCUGAAAUUUGGAGAAUUGAGGAUUUCCAACCAGUUCCAUUGCCAAAGUCUGAAUGUGGUAAAUUCUACUCGGGUGAUUCGUACAUCAUCUUGCAGACAACUUCUGGCAAGGGAGGUUCUUAUAUAUAUGAUAUACACUUCUGGCUUGGAAAGGAAACUAGUCAGGAUGAAGCUGGAACUGCAGCUAUCAAAACUGUUGAGCUUGACGCGAUUCUUGGAGGGCGAGCAGUACAGCAUAGGGAAAUCCAAGGUUAUGAAUCGGACAAAUUUUUAUCAUACUUUAAGCCAUGCAUUAUACCAUUGGAAGGUGGUAUUGCAUCUGGAUUCAAGAAACCAGAAGAGGAAGAAUUUGUAACAAGGUUGUAUGUCUGCAAGGGCAAACGAGUUGUCAGGAUGAAGCAGGUUCCAUUUUCCCGGUUGUCUCUAAAUCAUGAUGAUGUGUUCGUUCUGGACUCUGAAGACAAGAUAUAUCAGUUCAAUGGUGCGAAUUCCAAUAUCCAGGAGAGGGCCAAAGCAUUAGAAGUUAUUCAGUUCUUGAAGGACAAGUAUCACGAGGGGACAUGUGAUGUUGCAAUUGUUGAUGAUGGGAAUUUACAAGCUGAGACAGAUUCCGGUUCGUUCUGGGUGCUCUUUGGUGGCUUUGCUCCAAUUGGCAAAAAGGUUGCUAGUGAAGAUGAUAUUGUUCCAGAGAAGACACCUGCUAAACUUUAUAGCAUUACUGAUGGUCAAGUCAGUCCCGUGGACGGUGAACUUUCAAAAUCCAGCUUAGAAAACAAUAAAUGCUAUCUUUUGGAUUGUGGUGCUGAGGUAUUUGUUUGGGUUGGUCGUGUAACUCAACUGGAAGAGAGGAAAGCUGCCACUCAAGCUGCAGAGGAAUUUCUUUCCAGUCAAAAUAGACCCAAGUCAACAUAUGUAACCCGACUUAUUCAAGGCUAUGAAACAUAUUCAUUCAAGUCCAACUUUGACUCUUGGCCAUCAGGGUCUGCACCGGCUGCUGAGGAGGGAAGAGGAAAAGUAGCAGCUUUGCUGAAGCAACAAGGGAUUGGUGUUAAAGGUGCUAGCAAAAGUGCUCCUGUAAAUGAGGAAGUCCCUCCGUUGCUUGAAGGGGGUGGAAAAAUAGAGGUUUGGCGUAUCAAUGGUAGUGCAAAGACCCCAGUCACUGGAGAUGAUAUUGGUAAAUUUCACAGUGGAGAUUGCUAUAUCGUUCUUUACACAUACCACCACAGUGACAGGAAAGAAGAUUAUUAUCUAUGCUGGUGGAUUGGAAAGGAUUGCAUUGAGGAGGACCAAAACAUGGCUGCUAAAUUGGCUAGUACAAUGUGCAAUUCACUUAAAGGGAGACCCGUGCUGGGUCGCAUAUAUCAAGGGAAAGAACCACCACAAUUUGUUGCAAUCUUCCAGCCCAUGUUGGUCCUUAAGGGUGGAUUAAGCUCUGGCUAUAAAAAUUAUAUUGCCGACAAAGGCCUGAAUGAUGAAACCUACACUGCUGAUUCUGUGGCACUUAUUCAAGUAUCUGGAACUUCUGUGCAUAACAACAAAGCAGUUCAAGUUGAUGCUGUGGCAGCUUCACUGAACUCUAAUGGGUGUUUUCUUCUGCAAUCUAACUCAUCAGUAUUUAGUUGGCAUGGAAACCAGAGUACCUAUGAGCAGCAGCAAUUAGCAGCAAAAAUUGCAGAAUUCUUGAAGCCAGGAGUGACUGUGAAGCACACUAAAGAAGGAACAGAGAGCUCAUCUUUCUGGUUUGCUGUGGGAGGAAAACAAAGUUACACCAGCAAGAAAGUAGCCCCAGAGGUCACCAGAGAUCCCCACUUGUUUGCGUAUUCAAUUAAUAAAGGAAAAUUUGAGAUUGAAGAAAUCUACAACUUCUCUCAAGAUGAUUUAUUGACCGAGGAUGUUUUAUUACUUGAUACACAUGCUGAAGUGUUUGUUUGGGUUGGUCAGUCAUCAGAUCCCAAAGAAAAGCAAAGUUCUUUUGAAAUUGGACAGAAAUACAUAGAGAUGGCUGCAUGUUUGGAAGGGGUGUCUCCUAAUGUUCCAUUGUAUAAAGUCACGGAAGGAAAUGAGCCUUGCUUCUUUACAACAUUUUUCUCCUGGGAUCCUGCAAAAGCUAUUGCACACGGAAACUCAUUCCAGAAGAAGGUUAUGCUACUCUUUGGAGUUGGUCAUGCUUCAGAGAAACAGCCAAGGUCCAAUGGUACAAAUCAAGGUGGGUCAACCCAAAGAGCUUCUGCUUUGGCUGCUUUGAACUCUGCAUUUAAUUCACCAUCUUCAGCAAAAUCCGGUUCUUCACCAAGAUCAGGGAAAAGCCCUGGUUCACAGAGAGCAGCUGCAAUAGCUGCUUUAUCUUCUGUUCUCAGUGCUGAAAAGAAGCAGUCACCUGAGGGCAGCUCUCCACUCCAAUUAAGUAGAAGUUCAUCAGUAGAUCCUAUUCCCCUUGGGAAUGGAGUUUCUACUACUGAGGUUUUGGAUUCCAAAGAAGUUCCAGAACGCAAGGAGACCGAGACAGUUGAACAUGCAGAGACCGGUGGGGAAGACGUAGGACCGAAGCCAGAAGCAGAACAGGAGGAAACUGGCAGUGAUGGUAGUCAGACUACAUUUAGCUAUGAACGGCUGAAGGCUAAAUCUAAAAAUCCUGUCACCCGGAUUGAUUUCAAAAGGAGAGAGGCUUAUCUCUCUGAUGAGGAGUUCCAAUCCAUACUGAAAAUGACAAAAGAAUCUUUCUAUAAGUUGCCUAAAUGGAAGCAAGAUAUCCACAAAAAGAAAGUCGAUCUCUUCUAAAAUCUGAACUGAGACCAAGGUGGUGUCUCCUGUGCUCUCAAUAUUGCAGUUCAUUCUUUCACACAGUUUCUUGCUGAAGCUACCUAUUUUUACGGGUACAUAUUGCCAUGAUUGGUAUUUGCAUUUUGCUGUCCGCUUCUGUGGAACCAAGGUUUUUGUGUUCUUGGUUGUUUUUUCCCUUCAAUUUGUGAUGCCUGCUUGAAGAGUGAUAAUUUUUGAGUUCUCUCUUAUACUGCUGCUUUAUCAGUACAAUGUCAAGUCUGUAGUUGAAAGUCAGCAGUCAGGUCAAUUCUUUGAUUCCCCUCCCUAUGUAUCUUAGUUCUGAUGUAUCAUUUAUUUGUUAAUUGAAGGGUGUGUGUAAAGACUUAUAUUAUAUUGUAACUGAUGCAGUAACCAUCUGCUUCUGUUUUUGUUGAA